CAGUCACAGUCCUCACUCCGGGGCAAUGGUCCGGAUGGGAUUUGAACCCCGGUCCUCUGCCGUAUGAAGAUCGCCGCCAUUGUUGUCUCUACCACAGGACCCCGCCCAAUUUGCACAGGUGUCAAAGGCUGUCGGAGAACGCAAUCACGAUGCCAGCUUCUAGGGAUUCCUUAUCGACAGCCGAAGCACGUCAGGCACGAAGAUCGCCAAAAAACGCUCCGCCUGUAAUCGCCAUCACCAACCCAACCCUGAGGUCAAUUUAGCCCCCGCCAUCGUCGCGCGUAUCGCACCGAGCUCGAUCGUCAUGCCGCAAAGCCACCAAAGUUCAGGAUCACCGGCAAUGUACGAUCGAGCUGCAAUCGGCAACACCGGAGGUUCAGUUUACUAGCACAGCCCGCUAGAGAUGGACAUCCUGACCGUGGUUUUACUGUUCGCCGUGUUGCUGCUCGUCGCCUUCGAGCUGCGCGUCCAGCUGUCGGCCGCGUACCGUGCUGGGAAAAAGUUUCCCGGCCCGAAAGCAUUGCCCAUCCUUGGCAACGCGCACAAUCUGCUGUUCAACGAUCAGCAACGCACCUUCCAGCUGCCACGUCGGUGGGCCGCCACGUAUGGCGACACGUACCGCAUACUGGUGCGCGGACUGCUCAACCUGAACGCGAUCCGGGCGAAGGACGUCGAACCGCUGCUGUCCAGCCCGAAGCUCAUCGACAAGGGUUUGAUAUACAGCCUGACGCACAGCUUUCUCGGCAUCGGGCUGCUGAACAGUACCGGCACGAAAUGGCAACAUCGGCGCCGUAUUCUAACGCCCGCCUUUCACUUCAACAUCCUGCCCAGCUUCUUGCUCACCUUUCAGGAGGAGUGCCGCCGGUUGGUGGACCAGCUGGGCCAAUACGCAGACAAGGGUACGCCGGUGGCCCUGCAGCCGGUCGCCACGAAGUUUACGCUCAAUACAAUUUGCGAAACGGCCAUGGGCAUCAAGCUCGACUCGAUGACGCUGGCGAACGAGUAUCGGGGUAAGAUAGAGGCGAUCGGUACCAUGCUGCUGCAGCGGCUGAUGAAUCCCUGGCUGUUCGAGGACUUCAACUACAAGCUGACCGGACUGCAGGCCAAGCUUGGCAAGCUACUACAGCCGGUGCACGCGUUCACCCGCUCCAUCAUACAGCAGCGGCGGGAACUGUUUCACCAGAACGUGCGAAAUAUUGGCGAUUUUUCGGAGGAAAAUAUCUACACAAACCUGAAGCAGCGGUACGCGAUGCUGGACACGUUGCUGGCGGCCGAGGCGAAGGAGCAGAUCGACGAGGAAGGCAUCCGGGAGGAGGUGGACACGUUCAUGUUCGAAGGGCACGACACCACGUCCGCGGCCAUCAUCUUCACCCUGCUGCUGCUCGCCCACAGUCCCGAGGUGCAGCAGCGGCUGUACGAUGAGCUGCAGCUGGUGGCGCAGUCACGCUCGGAUGCGGACGGGGCAGAGUUCACGCAGCGCGACUACAGCGAACUGCGGUACAUGGAUAUGGUGCUGAAGGAGUCACUGCGCCUGUAUCCACCGGUUCCCUUCAUUUCGCGCAACAUCUCCGAGGAUACGCUGUUUGGCGAUCGGCCCGUGCCGAAGGAUACACUGUUCAACGUGCACAUCUUCGAUCUGCACCGCGAUCCCACCGUAUUUCCCGACCCGGAACGUUUCGACCCGGACCGCUUUCUGCCGGAAAACGUGGCGGAACGGAGCCCGUACGCGUACGUUCCGUUCAGUGCCGGGCCAAGAAAUUGUAUCGGCCAACGGUUCGCUAUCCUGGAGCUGAAAACGGUGCUCGGUGCGAUAUUGACGAACUUUCGUGUGUUGCCGGUUACCGAGCGCGCAGAGCUGGUAUUUGUUGCGGAUAUAAUAUUGCGCACGAAAGAUCCCAUCAUGGUAAAGUUUGAGCGACGCCAUCGGUAGGAUGGAAGUCAGAUAGGACAUUCCUUCACGAGUAUGGGAAAUAGAGAUUUCAGAAUUACGUGCAGCUCAGAGCACCUCGAAGCUUCCUUUCGCUUAAUAUAGAUGUAGCCGAGCCAUGUCAUGAGUGUGACACCGAACAGUCUACAGUUCAUUAAACCUUUUUGAGCCGUGCACAUGGAUAGGGCGAGGCGACGUUGCUCACUCCCAGAGCUUGAGCUGACGUUGACGUUGAAAAAUCAUCCCCAAUUUCGGACACGGCGUUUAAAGUGAGUAAUAGACGCGUUUGUACGAUAAA